AUGAGUUUUAGGUACGCUCUUGGGACGUACAUCACCAACCCCAAGCAGGACCUUGUGGUGUUCCACGAUGACGACUACAUCAUCAUGAAGGAUGCAUACCCAAAAGCAUUGAGACACUAUCUUGUUCUACCGAGAGCCGAGUCAUUGACUUACAAACACCCGUGGAUGGAGUAUGUUGAAAAGGCUAAGGACAUGAUUGUCGCGGAUCUUGUCAAGGAAGGGUACGUCGAGGAUAGCCUGAUCGCCAAGGAGAAAUUCCGAAACACGUUUAUCCGAGCUGGUGUCCACAGUGUACCAUCGAUGGCUCACUUGCAUAUCCACGUCAUAACCCAGGAUUUUUAUCUGGAGCGGAUGAAAAACAAGAGACAUUACAACUCGUUCACAACGCUGUUCUUCAUUGAUUUCCUGGACCUCAGGCCGGCUAUCCGCACGGAUGAUCUUAGUCCAGACAGUGAUGCGGAUUCCCAUAAAAAGUUCAUCAUGAGUGUCUUCGAGGGUAAAGAAAUCAAAGACAUUUCGUCCGACGAGGUUGACCUCAGAGAGGAUGGCGUGAAAAAGAUCGGCACUCUUGAGUUGGGCGAAAACUUCGACUUCGACAAGGAGUUUGAGGAGUUGGAGCUCUUGGCCGAGCAGUCCAAAGAACAAAAGACUUUUAUCGACAGAUUAUUGUCAUGGGAAGUCAAACUUAACUUCCAGAACAAGAACCAUAUGGUUUACCUUCUAGGUGUAUUUGCAGCUGCCGCCGGUCUUUUGUCUGGUUUGGACCAGUCCAUCAUUUCGGGUGCCACUAUUGGCAUGCGUAAGGACUUGGCCCUCACUAGUCACGAACAGUCGCUUAUAUCUUCCCUCAUGCCUUUGGGUGCGAUGGCUGGUUCCAUCAUCAUGACCCCAUUGAACGAGUUUUUUGGAAGAAAAUUCUCCUUGAUCAUUUCUUGUGUUUGGUACACCGUUGGCUCUGCCUUGUGUGCUGCUGCUCAGGACCAUCACCUCAUGUACGCUGGCAGAUUCAUGUUGGGUGUGGGCGUUGGCAUAGAAGGUGGAUGUGUCGGUAUCUACAUUUCCGAAUCUGUUCCUGCUAACGUUAGAGGUAGCAUUGUUUCCAUGUAUCAGUUCAACAUUGCCUUGGGUGAAGUGCUAGGGUACGCUGUGGCAGCUAUGUUCUACUCGGUCAAAGGUGGCUGGAGAUUUAUGGUUGGUUCUUCUUUGGUGUUCUCGACUAUUUUGUUCAUUGGUUUGUUCUUCUUGCCAGAGUCCCCCCGUUGGUUGGUGCACAAGAACAGAACAGGCAUGGCUUACGAAGUCUGGACUCGUUUGAGAGACAUCAAGGACGACAAGAACAAGCUCGAGUUUUUGGAAAUGAGACAGGCUGCUCGCCAGGAACACGAGAGAAAGGAACAGACUUCAACCAUGAAGACAUGGGCCGACUUGUUCUUCAUCCCAAGAAACAGAAGAGCCCUUUUCUACGCUGUCAUGAUGGUCACUUUGGGUCAGUUGACCGGUAUCAAUGCUAUCAUGUACUACAUGUCCACAUUGAUGCAAGGUAUUGGCUUCGACGAGAAGAACGCCGUUUUCAUGUCUCUUGUAGGCGGUGGUGCUUUGCUUAUUGGUACCAUUCCCGCCAUCUUGUGGAUGGACCGUUUCGGAAGGAGAGUCUGGGGUUACAACAUCAUUGGUUUCUUCAUUGGUUUGAUCCUUGUCGGUGUCGGUUACCUUUUCGAUUUCAACACUCAAAAGGCACAGGCCGAGGGUGUCUACUUGACAGGUAUUAUCGUCUACAACUUGUUCUUCGGAGCUUAUUCCACCUUGACAUGGGUUGUUCCAUCGGAGUCGUUUGCGUUGGAGACUAGAUCUUUGGGUAUGACCAUUUGUUCAACAUUCCUUUACUUGUGGUCCUUCACAGUCACUUAUAACUUCACAAAGAUGCAAGAAGCUAUGACCUACACUGGGUUGACUCUUGGUUUCUACGGUGGUAUCGCCUUUAUUGGUUUGAUUUACCAGGUUUUGUUCAUGGCAGAGACAAAGGACAAGACUUUGGAGGAGAUCGACGACUUGUUCAACAUGACUCCUCUUCAGCUCGCCAAGCAGAACUUGACCAAUCUCAAGAACGGAAAGCCAUAG